GGAAGGCGCCGCCGCGCUGACGUGAGCGGGCGCGCGUUGCGCGCCGUCUCGCGCUGCCGUGGUCAGUUCCCGCCAUCCGCCGCCGCCCCCUUCCCCCGCCCCCCCCGGGCCUCGCCCCGGCUCCCGCGGGACGCGCCGAGACGCGCCGGGACGCAGGUUUUUAGGUGGAGCACACUUACUUUUGUUAGCUCUUUUCUGUGAGAAAACAUGGCUCUGCUAAAAGUGCACGGACCUGUCCGGAUGCGCAGCAUGCAGACUGGAAUUACAAAAUGGAAAGAAGGGAGCUUUGAAAUUGUGGAGAAAGACAACAAAGUGAGUCUAGUAGUUCACUACAAUGUUGGAGGAAUUCCAAAGACAUUUCAGUUAAGCCAUAACAUCAAAACCGUGACCUUACGACCAAAUGGCAGAAAACUGUGCUGCCUGAUGCUGACACUAAAGGAUACCAGCUUCCUGACAAUUGAUAAGGUACCAUUUAAAGAUGCAAAUGAAAUGCGGAUGUAUCUGGAUGCAGUCCAUCAAGACAGAGUUCAUACUGCUGGGAAACCUUCACAAGGAUCUGGCAGCUUUGGAGGUGUGCUGGGCAGCAGGACCACACAGAAAGAAGCUAACAGGCAAUUCUCGYACAUAGAGAACCAGACUCCUCCUAAAAGAGUGACUGUGGAGAAUAAGGAGGAAAAUACCUUUCGCAAGGUGCUGGGUACCCCAGCGAGRGGCUCUGUUAAGAAUACUGCUGGAGCUGGGACACCGAGCAACAGAGUGAACAUUUCAGCAUCUCCUGCAUCAUCAGUCCCUCACAGAACAGGCUUGUUGGAGAGUCGUGAAAAGAGGAAAAGAACACAACCCCCUGGUUCAGAAAUGAGUGAAGAUUAUCCCAAAGAGAAUGAUUCUUCAACAAAUAAUAAAGCCUUGAGUGAUCCAGCAUGGAAGUACUUGAACAGUAGCAGAGAGAAACAGUUGAACCUGAAGCAGGCUGAAGAGAAUAGGACAUCAGGUGUUUUACCACUGCAGUCAUCAUCCUUUUAUGGUAGUCGGUCCUCUUCAAAAGAGUACUCCACCGGCAGUUCCACCCUGGACAGGUCUAGUGUAUCCAGCCAGACACCUUCAGCCAAAAGAAGCCUGGGAUUUCUUUCUCAACCUGCUCCUCUUUCUGUUAAAAAAAUGAGAUCUAAUCAAGAYUACACAGGAUGGAACAAACCCCGAGUGCCCCUUUCCACCCAUCCUCAACAACAAUUGCAAGGAUUUUCAAACUUGGGAAACACCUGCUAUAUGAAUGCUAUUCUACAGUCCUUGUUUUCUAUUCAGUCUUUUGCUAAUGAUUUGCUCAAACAGGGGAUCCCAUGGAAAAAAAUUCCACUCAAUGCACUUAUCAGACGUUUUGCCCAUCUGCUUGCUAAAAAGGACGUCUGCAGCCCUGAGGUUAAGAAAGAGCUGCUCAAGAAGGUGAAAAGUGCCAUUUCAGCUACUGCAGAGAGGUUUUCUGGAUACAUGCAGAAUGAUGCGCAUGAGUUCUUGAGCCAGUGUCUGGAUCAGCUGAAGGAAGACAUGGAAAAGUUAAACAAAACUUGGAAAAGUGAACCAGUCCCUAGUGAGGAUAACUCACCAGGACGUGCUUCUGAAGACCUCUCAGCCACCAAAGUUUAUACGUGUCCUGUUAUCAGUAAUUUAGAGUUUGAGGUUCAGCAUUCUAUCAUUUGUAAAAUGUGYGGUGAAACGGUCACUAAACGAGAACAGUUUAAUGACCUCUCCAUUGACCUUCCUCGAAGGAAGAAAUUCCUUCCUUCCAGAUCGAUCCAGGAUUCUCUGGACCUCUUUUUUCGGGCAGAGGAGAUUGAGUAUUCCUGUGAGAAGUGCAAUGGAAAGUCUGCCGUUGUCACACACAAGUUCAACAGGCUUCCCAGGGUCCUGAUUCUUCAUCUGAAACGAUACAGCUUCAAUGUAGCAUUGUCUCUCAAUCAUAAAGUYGGGCAGCAGGUGGUUAUUCCAAGAUACUUAACCCUGCUUUCCCACUGUACUGAAAGCACCAGGCUGCCACUGACACUGGGAUGGAGUGUCCAUUCUGCCAUCUCCCGUCCAUUGAAAGCCUCCCAAAUGGUGAAUUCCUGUACUGUAAGCACUUCCACACCUUGUAGAAAAUACACUUUCAAGUCAAAGAGCUCUGCAGCAUUCUGUGUAGAUUCUGACAGCGAUGAUGAGCCAUUGAAACGCUCUGUUGCUCAUAGCCAAAGGUUGUGUACCAUACAGAGCAGAGAUCAGCAACAACUGCAAGAAGAGCCAGAAAAGGGUUCAAAAAGAAGUAAAAUGGAGGGUGAUAAACCUGAGCUGGGUAAUGCUGGUUUUGAUGGAAUGAGCGAAGAUGAGUUGCUAGCAGCUGUCUUAGAGAUUAGCAAAAGGGAAGCUUCUCUGUCUCUGAGCCAUGAUGAAGAUAAGCCCACAAGCAGCCCAGACACUGGUUUUGGAGAUGAUGAAAUUCAGGAAUUGCCAGAAAACCUGGAAUCUAUGGAGAUGGACAAACCCAAAAUAUUAUUAGACUCAGGUCCUGCCAAUUUCACUGAGAUAACUAAAGAUUUUGAUGAGAAUAAGGAAAACAAAACUCCAGAAGGCUCCCAAGGGGAAGUUGACUGGCUGCAGCAGUACGAUAUGGAGAGAGAGAGGGAAGAACAAGAACUUCAGCAGGCACUGGCUCAAAGCCUUCAAGAGCAAGAGGCACGAGAACAGAAAGAGGAUGAUGACCUCAAACGAGCCACGGAAUUAAGUCUACAAGAGUUUAACAGCUCUCUCCUGGACAGCGUUGGCUCUGAUGAAGACUCUGGGAAUGAGGAUGUUCUUGACAUGGAGUAUUCAGAAGCUGAAGCAGAAGAGCUGAAAAGAAAUGCUGAGACAGGAGAGCUUCCUCACUCCUAUCGUCUCAUCAGUAUUGUCAGCCAUAUUGGAAGCACAUCAUCUUCAGGUCAUUAUAUCAGUGAUGUCUAUGAUAUCAAGAAGCAGUCCUGGUUCACCUACAAUGACCUGGAAGUGUCUAGAACUCUAGAAACCACCGUUCAGUGUGACAGAGAUCGAAGUGGAUACAUCUUCUUCUACAUGCACAAGGAUAUCUUCGAUGAGUUACUAGAAACAGAAAAAAAUGCACAGCCACUUAGCAUGGAAGUAGGAAGAUCGGUUCGUCAGCCUCUGUGAAGAGUAAAACACCUUGUUCCUCCUGAGGAGCAAGGAAGAUUCUGAACUUGUGCCAGACAUGCAGGAGUAACAAACAGCUCAGGGCCAAAACAUGAGACAAAAGGUAGAAAUAUGGGACGCUCGGUUUGUUGAACCAUCUGUGCAAGUCCUGGGCCUGAACUACACGUUUAAACCUUGACAUCCGGAGCGAUCCUYCUGUGGUGAAAUUUUUAAUGUUUCUCAAAUAAUUUUGUCAGCAUGGAGCCUUAAAGAGUUGUAACAAGCCACAAGACUACAGCUGCUCAUAAACUGGUUUAAAAAAUAGUGCAAAAAGAGACUCGACUYUAAAAGCCCAUUCACCUGUGAGACGUGAGUGGCGAAGAUUUACAUAUCACUUGGCGCUUUUUUUCUUUUCUCCAAGAGCAAUUUAAGCAAUAGACUGUAACCUGGCGUGUGUUGUGUUAGUAAUAUUCACUGGAAAGCCAGAUCACUUGAGUAGGCUCUUGCCAGUCAUCUGGCUAACAGGCAUUUUGGAAUAACUCAAGCUGAUGCGUUGUGACAUUCAUGGGUUUGUAAGCGCUCCGCUAUUUAUGUGCGGUUCCAGGAAACAAACUGUCGGUGCUGUGGAAUGUAUUGAUACCUGGUGGCAGCUCUGUUGUUUUUUACACCAUUCACUGUCAUCCUCAUUUAGAUGUGAGAUUAUAUAUGUGAUUUCUUUUGUUUUAAAAGUUCUGUUAUUUGAUUGCGUUUUCUCUGCGAGGUUGUUGCAUCAGUGCCGUUUGGAGAGGCGAGGUCUCCCGUUGGGUGUGCCGUGUUUUGCACUGGAGUUGUGUUGCUUAGGGCUGCUCCAAUGUGACUCUGGGGUAGSUGAAUAUCUGGAGCAGUGGCAGGAGGUGAGCAACAGCCUCUUUGCAUGUUCUGGGAGGGAAAGAGCGUUCUGGCAUUACCCUUCCUGUGCAGCACUGGCACUUGAACUGCUCUGUGAUUGAACCACGAUCUUGCCAUGGUCCUGUAUUAUCCCAGGUGAGAGGCUUUGUACUGCAGCCAUGCCUCCCUUUCCUCUCUGAGGAGUACAGAGUGCUCAAACUGUGAAACUAAACCAGUUUGGUGGAAAGCUUAUGUUCAGCAUGAACAGAACAUGGUUAGGAAGAAGUGAUGCUUUCUGCUGGGUUUAGAAGCAUGAUGCUCCUUUUAUAGCUUGUUUCAGCAGUGGGGAGAGAAGCCCAUUGAGUUAAUUUUUUUUAGCACCUUUGCACUAAUUUAGCAGGGUCAGAUGUUUCCUUUCACUGACAUUUAUUCAUUUCAGAGAAGUUGUUGCUCUAAGCAGAGUAGCUGCUCUUGUUUUGGCCUCUAGUUCUGAUUUUUGCAGCUUGAGUUUUAGAGAUGAAAGACUUCUUUAAGGA